AUGGCAGGCUGCCCCUCUCAGACUCCCUCCGUGGCGACCCUCCGUCUCGGGCCCCCUUCGCCAUGCGCCGCGUCCUCGUCCGCGCCUCCCUUCGUCUCUGUCCUAACGACGACCCAUGCUGCUCUGAAGGCACUUUUACGAUGCGCCGACGCUCUUGUCCAGGCUCCACUCGACCCCAUUGACCCCAUGUUGACCUCAUCCGACCCUACCUCACCUCACCUCACCUGA